CCCGCAACGCUGACCCUCAGAUUUCCUCACUGACCUAUCCUGGAUCACCAGAAGCUAGGGGUCCUUUUGCUGUUGAGUUCACCUUUGUGUUGCCAGCGUCUGUCCCGAACCUGGACCUGGGCGGCACUCGCAAACAUUUUUUUGAUUUAAAGAAAUAUAAGGAAUGAAACCUCCUCGGUUCCCCAACACUCCGCAUUUUGCACAGUGGCAGUCGUCCGUUCUCAUCCCAGCCCUGGCUCGCCGCAGUCCUCGCGGCUCACACUUUAACCCGGAACGCAGAAGCCCCGGGGAAGUAAGGGCUUCGGUCACACGAGCGCAGGGAGGGCCUGUGGGCAACCUAGAGUGACGGCGCUCUGGUUCCAUCCUGCUGUAGUCCGAGGGGAGGUACUUCUGCCUGUCUGUUUUCCGUCUAAAGACUCGCCUCUGCACGGUACGUACAGAACUUCAACUAGGCGGCUGGGGAGCUGGAGUAACUGGAAGGGCGCCGCCAUGUUGGCGCCAACCUAAACCACUGAAGUAGCGGGAGCAGAGCGAGGUGUGGAUUAUUCAAUCUCCGGCUCAGCAAAUCACUGCUGAGCAUGCGCACACCCAGGCGGGCCGUGCGGACUCCCACAGGGCCUGAGGGACGUUGAGAAAGAGGAAGCCGGUCCUGUUUUAGUUCCAGUGACUGUAGACACCGCCACAGAUCUCUCUGCCUCUUUCUCAGAAGAGCCAGAAAUGACCAUGUCCCUGGGAUCAGUGUCAUUCAAGGAUGUAACUGUAGACUUUACCAGGGAAGAGUGGCAACAAUUGGACCUUGCUCAGAAAAGCUUGUACAGGGAUGUGAUGCUGGAAAACUAUUUCAACUUGGUUUCAGUGGGGUAUCAGAUAUCCAAACCAGAAGUUAUCUUCAACUUGGAGCAAGGAAAAGAGCCACAUAUGUUGGAUGAUGGUGAAAUCUCAAGUCAGAGCCGUCUAGUUGGGGAUAUUGGAUUUGAAACAUCACAACAGGGAAUUUCUGAAGAAGCUUUGUUCCAUUCUAUGGGAGUUAAUCUAUUCAGAAGAGAUGACUCACUGUAUUCCAUUUUAGAAGCAUUGUGGCAAGGUGAUGAAUGGGCAGAGAGAUAUGAGGAAAACCAAAACAAACUUUCAAGUCACGUUGCCUUCAUCAACAAGAAAACACUGGCUAAUGAGAGAGGGUGUGACUAUAAGGACAUAGAAAAAAUAGUUCCUAUAAACACAGACCUUGUUCCUUCAAGAAAAAGGAUCCAUAACUGUUACUCAUUUGGAAAGAAUUUGAAGCAUGUUGCAAACUUACAUAAUUAUAAUGGAAACAGCGCAACAGAAAAUCUUGAUAAGAUUAUUGGAUAUGGUAAUGAUUUUACUCAUGUAAAUUCUCACACAGAAAUGAACGCUUAUGAAUGUAAUCAAUGCAAGAAAGUCCUGAGUCAUAAGCAAGCUCUCAUUCAACAUCAGAAAAUUCAUGCUGAGGAGAACCUCUAUUUAUUUUCAGACUACAUAAAGGUUUUCACUCAGAAGUCACAUGCUUUUGCACAUCAAAGUAUUUAUACUGAAGAAAAACACCAUGAAUGCAGCAAAUGUGAGAUAAUAUUCGCUCAGAAGCCCCAAAUUGGUAUAGCUCAGAUGGUUUAUACAGGAGAGAAACCCUACACAUGCACUGAAUAUGGGAAGGAAUUUUCCCUUAAGUCAAACCAUCAGAAAACUCAUGCUGAGGAGAAUCACUAUAAAUGUAAUCAAUCUGGGAAAGCCUUUAUCCAAAAGUCAGAUCUGUUCAGAUUUCGGAGUUUUAGUACUGGAGAAAAACCCUAUAAAUACAGUGAGUGUGGAAAAAACUCUCAGAAUUCAGACCUCAAUAAACAUAAAAAAAUUUAUACAGGAGAGAAACACUUUGAAUGUACUGAAUGUAGAAAAGCCUUUACAAGGAAAUCAACGCUAAGUAUGCAUCAGAAAAUUCAUACAGGAGAAAAACCCUAUGUAUGUCCUGAAUGUGGGAAGGCCUUUAUCCGAAAGUCGCAUUUUAUUACACAUGAGAGAAUUCAUACUGGAGAGAAACCUUAUGAAUGCAGUGACUGUGGGAAAUCCUUUACUAAGAAAUCACAACUCCAUGUGCAUCAGCGAAUUCACACAGGAGAGAAUCCCUUUAUAUGUUCAGAGUGUGGGAAGAUCUUCACCCACAAAACAAAUCUCAUUAUACACCAGAAAAUUCAUACUGGGGAGAGACCCUAUAUAUGUGCUGAAUGUGGGAAGGCCUUUACUGACAGGUCAAAUCUCAUUAAACACCAAAAAAUUCAUACUGGAGAGAAACCGUAUAAAUGCAGUGACUGUGGAAAAUCAUUCACCUGGAAGUCUCGGCUCAGGAUACAUCAGAAAUGUCACACUGGAGAGAGACACUAUGAGUGCAGUGAAUGUGGAAAAGCAUUCAUCCAGAAAUCAACACUAAGUAUGCAUCAGAAAAUUCAUAGAGGAGAAAAACCCUAUGCUUGUACAGAAUGUGGGAAGGCCUUCUUCCACAAGUCACAUUUUAUUACACAUGAGAGAAUUCAUACUGGAGAGAAACCUUACAAAUGCAGUGGUUGUGGGAAAUCCUUUACUAAGAAAUCACAACUCCAUGUGCAUCAACAAAUUCACACUGGUGAGAAACCCUAUAUAUGUGCUCAAUGUGGAAAGGCUUUCACUGACAGAUCAAAUCUCUUUACACACCAGAAAAUUCACACUGGAGAGAAACCCUAUAAAUGCAGUGACUGUGGAAAAGCCUUCACUCGGAAGUCAGGCCUCCAUAUACAUCAACAGUCUCAUACUGGAGAAAGACAUUAUGAGUGCAGUGAAUGUGGGAAAGCCUUUGCAAGAAAAUCAACACUAAUUAUGCAUCAGAGAAUUCAUACAGGAGAGAAACCCUAUAUUUGUACUGAAUGUGGGAAGUCCUUCAUCCAGAAGUCACACUUAAAUAGACACAGGAGAAUUCAUACUGGUGAGAAACCCUAUGAAUGCAGUGACUGUGGGAAGUCCUUCAUUAAGAAAUCACAGCUCCAUGAGCAUCAUCGAAUUCACACAGGAGAGAAACCGUAUAUAUGUGCUGAAUGUGGAAAGGCCUUCACCAUCAGAUCAAAUCUUAUUAAACACCAGAAAAUUCAUGCUAAACAGAAGCCCUAUAAAUGCAGUGACUUUGGGAAAGCUUUAAACUGGAAGCGACAACUCAGUAUUCCUCAGAAAUCUAAUUCUGAGGAAGUAGAGUGUCCAGUGCCACGAUCAUGGUGUGGAGAUACAAAGAUGUGAGAGACUACAACUUGACUGAGAAACAGAAGGUAAUCGAGGUCAACUCUCCUCUAGUUAGAAGUAUGGAUAUGUGGAUUCCUUAGCUGAUGCUCAGUUCCACAUACGGGGAGACACUUUGGAGAAAGUGUUUAAGUAUUGUAUAAUGGCCAUACUUAGUUAUUUGAAAGAUACUGGCAUUGUCAAGCCCCUGUGGAUAAUAGAAGUAAAUAUGCAGGUAGAUGACUUGCACUGUUUCUUUUUCCACUUUUUGAAUAAGGAGCUUUAUAAAUUCAGAGUUUUUGAGUUUUUCGUGCUCUGGGUAGCAAAACUAUUCAACAUUGACCGAAAACUUUCAUAAUGAGUAGAGUGGUGAGAAAAUUUUUCAUUGUCUAAACACUCUAAGAACACUGAAGUCAAGGCAAAGUAUAGGCAGUUUAGGUCUCUAAUGAAACAAGCUGGAAAUUUUUGUGAAAAUUUAAAAUUGGCACUAAAGACAGAACUCUACUAAAGAACUGCUUUUAUCCUCUCCUCCUUUGGAAAGUCACCAUUAUUUAUUAUUUACGUGUGGAAACUUGGAAAACAAAAAUUUAAACUUAAAGUUUGACUUUGAGAUUGGCAGAUUAGAACCGCAGGCUUACUUGAAUAUUACCUUCUUUAGGUAACCAAUAUGUUCCCUCAUUUACUAAUUCCCAGCUGUGGCAGUAGGUGCCCCACACUCAACAGGUAUACAAGAAAAGAGCUCCCAGCCUGUGACCAAAAAUUCCUCAAUGAUGUAAAUAACACCCCUAGAGACUACUUAUCACCAUAGAACUGGCCCUAAGACCGUGGAAUUGGGCCUCAGGAAGCCCCGGUCUAGAUAACAGUACUUUGGAUCCUUAACCUGAUCCACAGAAACCUGCACUUGCCUAGGAUUCCUUUUUGAAAGAGACUAAUUAAGAAAAUGGAUUUCAAAACCUGUAAUUAUUUUCCUCUCAAUCUUGUUAAUAUAUGUUCUACAUAUAUCAACCAAACCAAACCCACUGUCGUCGAGUCGAUUCUGACUCUUAGCGACCCUACAGCGACUCUACAUACACAUUGCAUACUAAAUUACUGUGAAACACAAUUGUAUUGUGUUUCUUAAUUGUUUCUUUUCUUAGAGGAUAAAAUAUAGUUGAACUUUUGGAAGAGUACGCCUCCUUUCCCUUCCCAAUCUCUACAAGUUAAUCUUUAAAAUUGUUUCUCCAAUCCUCUCUGUUCUUAUGGAAGCCUUGGUUACGUAGUGGUUAAGAGCUUGGCUGCGAACCAAAAGGUCAGCAGAUUGAAUCCACCAGCCGCACCUUGGAAACCCUAUAGGGUAGCUCUACUCAGUCCUAUAGGGUUGCUGUGAGUCGGAAUCAACUUGACAGCAAUGGGUUUGGUUUUGAUUUUUAUGCUCUUACUGACUUUCCUAUCAACUUUUAUUCUAUCAGAUACUGAAAGAAGUGUGUUAUAAUCUUCCAGAAUAAUUAUUAAUUUUUCUCUGUCUAGCUCUACCAAUUUUUGCUUUUAUAUUUUGAGUCUUUGUUUUUACAUAUACUCAAAUUUAGAAUAUCACCUAUCUUACAUUUAAGUUGUGCAUUUUUAAAGCAGAAUAUGGUUGAGCUUUGGUUUUUAUGUAGCAUGACAACCUUUCUAUUGUAAUUGCAGAAUUUAGUACAUUUACACUAAAAAAAAAAAAAAAAUUUUAUGUAAUUAUUGAUAUAUUUGGUUUUAUUUGUAGAGUUUGUUCUUUUUUGUUUUGUUUUCUCCCUGUCUUUUUUUUUAUUGUGUUUUAUUAUCCCAUUUAUCAUAACAUUGCUAGUUAUACAUUAUUCUACUUACUUUUUUAGUGGUUAUCCUAGAGAUUACAGUAUGCGUACUUCACUUACAAAUUAGUACUUGCACCACUUCCUGGACAAGGACUUACAACAUUAACUCCGUUUAUUCUCUUCCUGACUUAUAUGGUAUUGAUGUCUUUCAUAUCAAUUCUCUAUAUAGUUGAAACAGCUGAUCAUUAUGGUUUUAGAGUCAAUAUUUAUACUAACCCACAUACUUACCCUUUUCAUUGCUUUUUAUUCCUUCCUGUCCUUUAACUCUUUCAUAUGUACUGGUAUAUAAAAGUACCAUUCAUAUUUUCUGCCUCUGGGGUUUACAGAUAUACUUUUGUAACAUUUUUAAUACAUGCUGAUGUUGGGGCAGGGACUUCUGUAACUGUGUAAACCAGAAGGAUAUUCACUGGUGCCAUGUUGUGCUGAGAGGUUAUUGCAGGAAGUGCUGUAGGUGGGAGGAGUGACUGUGAAUGACUUUUGUCUCUUUUUCCCCUCUGUUCAGUGAGAUAAGGCUCGUAAGUACAUUUACUGUUUCCUUUGUGUUACUGGGAGGGCUUGGUUUUCGGCAUUGGGUGAUAUUCAAGUGCACAAGUUAUUUUCAGGUGUAAACAUAACCCUUGACAUGUUUCAUGUACACAGUUAUGAAUAAGUACCAAUUACAUUUUUUGGCUGUUUGGAAUUCUGAACAGCAAGAUAAGCCUUGUAAGGAUAUUUAUGGUUUGCUUUGUUAUUGGGAAGGUGCAGUUUUCAGGAUUCAUAAUAUUCAUGUGAAAAACUUAUUUUUAGGAGAAAUACAGUGUAAGCACAUGUUGUAGCAUCCUUGAUGUACUGCAUGUGUGUUUCAUGCAGUCGUCAAGGACCUAUCUUCUGGUUUCUGAGCUGUACUUCUUUUACAGUAAGAGGUAAUUUUUUGCACUGGUAAUAUUCCCAUGACAGCACUUCCUUUUGGGGCUUUAGUUUUAUAGGAAGCUAGAAUUAUGCAAUGUCUCCACUUGUGUAUUCUUAUAUUGGUUUAGAGGUAUGGUAUUUGUAUUAUCCUGUUGUGAUGGUUCAGGUUGCAUACUCACGUUGGUGGGACAUGAUUCACAGUGGUUUGGCAGUUAUAUGUAAUGAUGUUCCACUCAACAACAUAAAAAAAAUUGUUAAGAAAAAAAAAUUUUUUCCCUGCCUCAUUCCACCUAUCUUACCUCCAGAGUUUACUGGUAUAUAUGUGCACCACAAAAUAUUAAUAAAAAACAAUAUUAUAUAACAAAAGAUUACUAGCUAUCUUAGUUAUCUAGUACUGCUGUAACAGCACUAACACAAGUGAAUGGCUUUAACAAAGAGAAAUUUAUUCUGUCACAGUCUAGGAGGCUAGAAGUCCAAAUUCAAGGUGCCAGCUCCAGAGGAAGGCUUUUUCUCUGUGUCAGCUCUGGGGAAAGGUCCUUCUCAUCAGUCUUCCCCACUUGAGGAGUUUCUCAGCACAGGGAUCCUGGGUCCAAAGGAUGCACUAUUCUCCUCGCUCUUGUUUCUUGGUGAUGUGAGGUCCCCAUGUCUCUCUGCUCACUUCUCUCUUUUAUAUCUCAGAAGAGAUUGACUUAAGACACAACCUAAUCUUGUAGAUUGAGUCCUGCCUUAGUAACAUAACUGCCGCUAAUUGUACCUCAUUAACACCAUAGAGGUAGGAUUUACAACACAUAGGAAAAUCACAUCAGAUGACAAAAUGGUGAACAGUCACACAAUACUGGGAAUCAUGGCCUAGCUAAGUUGACACACAUUUUGGGGGAACACAAUUCAACCCAUAACAUUCCACUCUUUGCCCCCCCCAAAUUCAUGUCCUUGCCACACAUAAAACACAUUCACCCGUCAUAUCUUAGCAAAAGCCUUAAACCAACUCCAAAUCCAAAAUUCAAAAAUUUCUCUUCAUCUGUGAAAUCUAGAAUAUGAGGUAUUUGCUUCCCAAGUACAAUGAUAGAACAGGCACAAGCUAGAUAUUUCCUUUACAAAUGGGAGAUAUUGGAGUGAAAGAGGGGACAACAGGCACCAAGAAAGUCAGCAGAACACAUCACAUUAGCCCUCAAGGCUUUGAAAAUAACCCUCUGUUCUCUGAGACCAUUUAGACAAUGGCCUUGUCCUUCAAACUCUAGGUAUUGACCACACUCUCCAGAUUCUGAAUGGAGGCCCCUUGGCCUUGGCCCUGGGCUUCAGCUCUGCCUUCCAGGCCCACUGGAACAGCAGCUCUGCUCCCUCCUAGUGCUUCUGAGUGGCGACUCACCCUUUGAGACCAAGGUAGCUUGGCUUCCUGUGUUUCUUGUCUCUUCAACUUCUGUCUCCUGGUUCCUUGGCCUCUCAGCCCUUUGAGCCUCACUGCCCGUGUCUACCUGCUGGGGCAGAGACAUCCCACUCCACCAGUAAACUUCAGCCAGAAGGCACUCAGCUCCCUGGCUCCAUGGGUCAGCAAGCCUAGCUCCACUGAUAAGUGUUCAGAGCACCCUACUCUGCAAGGAAGGAAGCUUUCUGUGCAAAGGCACUCAGCUCUCUCACUUCAUGGGUUACCUCCAGUGCUGUCUCACGCUGGUCUCCUCGUUCUGCUGCUACCAUUUCUUUGCUGCUGCCAUUUCUCUGCUGCUCCUUCUUGCUGUCUGUGCCAUCUCCAGUGUAACAGCUUUCCUCACUUCCUUCUCAGUCCUCACCAGAAUUGUCUUUGGUGUCCAUAAUUCCACCAACAGCCUCUUCAAGGCACUCUAGGCUUUUACUGUUAGGCACUUUAAAACACUUCCAGCCUCUACCCAUUCACAGUUUCAAAACUGCUUCCACAUUUUAGGUAUCUGUUAGAGCAGCACCCCAUUCUCUUGGUACCAAAUACUGUUUAGGUUAUUUUUUUAGUGCUAAUAUAACAGAAAUACCACAAGCGAAUGGCUUUAACAAAGAGAAAUUUGUUCUCUCACAGUCUAGGAGGCUAGAAGUCUGAAUUCAGGAUGCUAGCUCAAGGGAAGGCUUUCUCUCUGUCGGCUCUGGGGGAAGGUCCUUGUCAUCAGUCUUCUUUGGUCAAGGAGCUUCUCAGCACAAGGACCUCUGGUCCAAAGGAUGUGCUUUUCUCUUGGCUCUUGUUUCUUGGUGGUAUGAGGUUCCCAUGUCUCUCUGCUCGAGUCUUUCUUUUAUGUCUCAAAAGAGAUUGUCUUAAGACACAACCUAAUCUUGUAGAUUAAGUCCUGCCUUAUUAACAUAACUGCCGCUAAUUGUACCUCAUUAACAUCAUAGAGGUAGGAUUUACAACAAAUCACACCAGAUGAUGGUUGGACAGUCACACAAUACUGGGAAUCAUGGCCUAGCCAAUUUGACACACAUUUUGGGGAGACACAGUUCAAUCCAUAACACCAUUACUCAGUGAUUUGGCAUGCAUUCCAUUAGUGAAAAAACAUUACAACAACAACAAAAAACCGUCACUGUUGACUCGAUUCUGACUCGUACCACCAAAAAAUUACACACCAAAAUAAAAUAAUUCAUUCACAAAACGGUUAAGUUUCCCUUUAGAAUCAUUCUUCUUCUGAAUGAAGAGUACCCUUUUAUAUUUAUUUUAGUCUGACUUUGCUGGUAACAAAUUCAGUUUUGGAAAAUGCUAUUUGAAGACUAUUUUUAAUGAAUAUAGGAUACUAAGUUGGCAGUUCUUUCCUAUUAGCAUUUUGAAGGUAUUCAUUACAGUCUUCUUCCUGUUGCUUUGUUGAAAAGAGAGUUGUCAAUCUAAUUGCUGUACCAUUGAAGGCAAUGUGCAUUUUUAUUUUUCUGUGACUCCUUUAAAAUUUAUCUCUUUGUCUUUUGUUUUCAGCAAUCGUACAAUGAUAUGCCUAGAUAUGAUUUUCUAUAUAUUUAUCUGCUUGGAUUUUGCAGUACUUUUUAAAAGUGUGGCUUGGUGUCUUUUGUGCAUUUGGGGAAAUUCCUAGCUGUUAUUUCUUCAAAUAAUGCAUCUGAUUCAUUUUCUUUUUCUUGUAGCAGUAACUCCAUUAUUAAGAUCCCCUCUUGACCUGUUUUUAUUGUUUGGCGUUGGGGCAAGUUCUUCUGGGUUUUGGUCAUGUCUUGUAUUCUCAUAUACCUAAAUUUCUUUUUAAUCAACUGUCAGACACUGUACAUUAAAAUCUGUAGAGAUAAUUAGAUGGUCUGGAUGAUAUCUUCUUCCACCGAGUGUUUGCCUUUGCUUCUAGCACGUGACUAAGCUAGGAACACUAGCAAUCCCUGAUGGCCUUCACACAAUAUGUAUUGCAAUUUCUUACUUGGUAGCUCUCAUACGGCUUCAGCAAAAGUAAAUGUACCUAAAAUUUUUUGCACCUUUACUAAUUUUCAAAGGGAGUACUGGUAUCUACCACCUACUCUGCCAUUAGUAGGCAUUUUUAAUUUAUUGAUAAACCUGUUGUGGUCAAGUCAAUUCCAACUCAUAGCAACCCUAUAGGACAGAGUAGAACUACCCCAUGGGGUUUCCAAGGAGUGGCUGAUGGAUUCAAACUGCUGACCUUUUGAUUAGCAGCGGAGCUCUUAUCACUGUGCCACUGGGGCUCCAUAAUCUAUUGAUAGCUGUUAUUAUUUAAAGAGUAUGGAGCCUAGAAAUAUAAUUUUUAAAUUACCAAAGCUUUACAGAAUUACUGACCUAAAAAUGAAAGUGUACUGAUUUGAUUCACAACAUUACAUUAUUCUCAGUUUUUACGUCUGAAAGUCUUAAGGCAUUCAUUUUUUUAAUUUAGACCCAUGUUUCUGAAACCAGUGGGGACAAAUAGACCAGUCCAACAAUUGCCUUUCUUUUAAUUAAAAUAAUAUAUUUAAACAUGCACACAUACAUGUGUAUACACAUGCAUAAAAUUUUUUAUAAAAGUGACUUUUAUAUUUUCUCCCUUCCUGAUUUUUGUACUUCCUUCACUUCCAUAGCAACUGCAGCUAUAUCGAUAGCCUGUCAUCAGAUAAUCAGUGCUAAUUCAUAUUUUUCUUUUUACUCACAAUCAUAUACAAACACGCUAUCUGUGCACACAUACACGAGUGCUCAUGUAUGUAUUUUUGUUGACAAAAGUGGAGUUGUAUGCAGUUUUUUGCAACAUUUACAUUUAACAGUAACUUAAAUAGCUGAAAAUAUUCUGUUAUAUGGACAGACCAUGAUUUGUUCAACCAAUUCACCAUUAGUUAUUCACAUUUUUGUCACUAGGAGAAAUGAUCUUAUAACUCUCUUCUAGAGGUAGCAUUGUUGUUAUUAUGUUGUUAGGUGCCAUCUAGUUGGUUCCGAUUCAUAGCAACCCUGUAUACAACAGAACGAAACACUGCCCGGUUCUGUGCCACCCUCACAAUUGUUGUUAUGUUUGAGCCCGUUGUUGCAGCCACUGUGUCAGUCCAUCUCAUUGAGGGUCUUCCUCUUUUUCGCUGCCCUCUACCAAGCAUGAUGUCCUUCUCCAGGGACUGGUCCUUCCUGAUAACAUGUCCAAAGUACGUAAGAGAAAGUCUCGACAUCCUCGCUUCCAAGAAGCACUCUGGCUCUAUUUCUUCCAAGACAGAUUUUUUCAUUCUUCUGGCAGUCCAUGGCAUAUUGAAUAUUCUUUGCCAACACCAUAAUUCAAAGGCAUCAAUUCUUCUUCGGUCUUCCUUAUUCAUUGUCCAGCUUUUGCAUGCAUAUGAAAAAACUAGAAAGAGACUAAAAAUACCAUGGCUUGGAUCAGGCGCACCUUAGUCCUAAAAGUAACGUCUUUGAUUUUUAACACUUUAAAGAGAUAUUUUGUGGCAGAUUUGCCCAAUGCAAUACAUUGUUUGAUUUCUUAACUGCUGCUUCUAUGGGCAUUGAUUGUGGAUCCAAGUAAAAAGAAGCCCUUAACUACAUCAAUCUUUUCUCCAUUUAUUAUUGGUCCAGCUGUGAGGAUUUUUGUUUUCUUUCUGUUGAGAUGUAAUCCAUACUGAAGGCUGUAGUCUUUGAUCCUCAUCAGUAAGUGCUUCAAGUCCUCUUCACUUUCAGCAAGCAAGGUUGUGUCAUCUGCAUAUCACAGGUUGUGAAUAAGUUUUCCACCAAUCCUGAUGUCGCAUUCUUCUUUAUAUAGACCAGCUUCUCAGAUUAUUUACUCAGCAUACUGGCUGAAUAAGUAUGGCAGAAGGAUACAGCACUGACUCACAGCUUUCUUGAUUUUAAACCUUGCAGUAUCCCCUUGCUGUGUUAAAAAGACUGCCUUUUGGUCUAUGUACAGGCUCCACAUGAGCACAAUUAAGUGUUCUAGAAUUCCCAUUCCUCACAAUGUUAUCCAUAAUUCGUCAUGAUCUACACAGUUGAAUGCCUUCACAUAGUCAAUAAAACACACGUAAGCAUCUUUCUGGUAUUCUCUGCCAAUAUCCAUCUGACAUCAGCAAUGAUAUCCCUUGUUCCACGUCCUCUUUUGUAUCCUGCUUGAAUUUCUGGCAGUUCCCUGUCGAUAUUGCUGCAGCUGCUUUUGAAUGAUCUUCAGCAAAAUUUUACUUGUCUGUGAUAUUAAAGAUGUUGUUCUAUAAUUUCCACAUUCUACUGCUUAACCUUUCUUUGGAAUGGGCACAAAUAUGGAUCCUCUCCAGUUGGCUGGCCAGGUAGCUGUUUUCCAAAUUUCUUGGCAUAGGCUAGUGAGCACCUCCAGCACUGCAUCUGUUUGUUGAAACAUCUCAAUUGGUAUUCUGUCGAUUCCUGGAGACUUGUUUGUCACCAGUGCCUUCAGUGCAGCUUGGACUUCUUCCUUCAGUACCAUCGGUUCUUGAUCAUAUGCUACCUCCUGAAAUGUUUGAACAUUGACCAAUUCUUUUUGGUACAGUGACUCUGUAUAUUUCUUACAUCUGCUUUUAAUGCUUUGUGUAUCAUUCAAUAUUUUGCCCAGAGAUUCCUUCAAAAUUGCAAUUUGAAGCUUGAAUUUUUUCUUCUGUUUUUUCAGCUUAAGAAAUACCAACUGUGUUCUUCCCUUUGGUUUUCUAUCUCCAGAUCUUUGCACAUAUCGUUACAAUACUUUGUCUUUUUGAGCUGCCCUUUGAGACCUUCCAUUCAGCUUUUUACGUCAUCAUUUCUUCAGUUGGCUUUAGCUGCUCUAUGUUCAAGAGUAAGUUUCAGAGUCUGUUCUGACAUCCAUUUUGGUCUCUUCUUUCUUUCCUGUCUUUUUAAUGACCUUUUGCUUUCUUCAUGUAUGAUGUCCUUGAUAUCUUCCCACAACUCACCUGGUCUUCAGUCAUUCGUGUUCAGUGUAUCAAGUCUGCUUUUGAGAUGGUUUCCAAAUUCAGGUGGGAUAUACUCAAGGUUGUAUUUUGGCUAUCUUGGACUUGUUUUAAUUUUCUUCAGUUUCAACUUGAUAUUGCAUAUGAGCAAUUGAUGGUCUGUUCCAAAGCCAGCUCCUGGACUUGUUCUGACUAAUGAUAUUGAGCUUUCCCAUUGUCUCUUUCUACAGAUCUAUUCGAUUUGAUUCCUGUGUUUUCCUUCCAGUGAAGUGUAUAGCGGUCAUUUAUGUUGUUAAAAAAUGGUAUUUGCAAUGAAUAAGUCAUUAGUCUUGCAAAAUUCUGUCAUGCGAUCUCCAGCAUUGAUUCUAUUUCCAAGGCCAUAUCUUCCAACUACCAGUCCGUCUUCCAGCUUUUGCAUUCCAAUCACCGGUAAUUUUCAAUACAUCUUGAUUGCUUGUUUGAUCAAUCUCAGACUGUAGGAGUUGGUAUAAAUCUUAAAUUUCUUCAUUUCUGGCAUUAGUGGUUGAUGUAUAAAUUUGAAUAAUAGUCAUAUUAACUGGUCUUCCUUAUAGGUGUAUGGAUAUUAUCCUAUCACUGACAGCAUUGUACUUCAGAAUAGAUCUUGAAAUUUCUUUUUGAUGAUGAAUGCGUCACCAUUCCUCCUCAAUUUGUCAUUCCUGGUAUAGUAGACCAUAUGAUUGUCUGAUCCAAAAUGGCUAAUACCAGUCCAUUUCAACUCGCUAAUGCCUAGGAUAUCAGUGUUUAUGCGUUCCAUUUCAUUUUUUUUUUAAAUUUUAAAUGUGCUUUAAGUGAAAGUUUACAAAUCAAGUCAGUCUCUCACACAAAAACUUACAUACACCUAGCUACAUACUCCCAAUUGCUCUCCCCCUAAUGAGACAGCCCGCUCCCUCCCUCCACUCUCUCUUUUCGUGUCCAUUUCAGCAGCUUCUAACCCCCUGUAUCCUCUCAUCUCCCCUCCAGGGAAGAGAUGUCCAUUUCAUUUUUGAUGAUUUCCAAUUUUCCCAGAUUCAUACUUCAUACAUUCCACGUUCUGAUUAUUAUUAGAUGUUUGCAUCUGUUUCUUCACAUUUGAGUCCUGCCACAUCAGCAAAUGAAAUUCCUGUUAGCUUGACUCCAUCCACAUCAUUAAGGUUGACCCUACUUUGGAAGGGCAGCUCUUCCCCAGUUGUAUUUUCAGUGCCUUCCAAAGUGAGGGGCUCAUCUUCUGGCACUAUAUCAGACGAUGUUCCUCUGCUUUUCACUGGCCAAUUUUUUCAAAGUAGACUGCCAGAUCCUUCUUCCUAGUCUGUCUUAGUCUGGAAGCUCCUCUGAAACGUGUCCACCGUGGGUGACCCUGCUAGCACUGAAAUACCAGUGGUAUAGUUCUAGCAUCAUGGCAACGUGCAAACUACAGUAGUACGACAAACUGACAGAUGGAUGAUGGCUCUUACCUGCUGGAGUUUUUCUGUGGAAUACACUACCAGUCAUUGGACUGAUGAAUUGUAUAUGUGUUUUGUUUUAAUAGAUGUUGCCAAAUUCCUUUGUAAUAAGGCUGUAGCUUUUCAUAUUUCCAGCAUUAGCGUAUGAUGUAGCUGUUAUUCUUUAACUUUGAAUAGUUUUAUGGGUUUAAGUGAUACCUAAUUUUAUUUUUUUUUGUAUAUUUGUGCCUCUUUUAGAUGUUUCUUAGCCAUUUGCUCUUCCAUAAGUUGCUUUUAUAAACCAUUUAUGCAUACAAUCUUCAGGGGUUGUUUGUCUUGUUAAUUUGUAACACAUUUAUUUAUUAAAGGUAGUAACUCCUUUAAAAAAAAAUCCAUUGUUUGUCUAUUGACUGUAUAUUUUCCCAUGAACAUAAUUUUAUUUUUUACAUUUUAAGCCUGACUUACUGUUCUUUUACAGUUUCUGAAUUUUGUGGUUUUAUUUAAGUUUUACAUAUUUGUAAGAUUUUUACAUGUUCCUCUGUAUGUUUUUGUGUAUCUUUUCGGAAAAUAAUUUCUUUUGUUUUUUGUUUUUCUUGGAUCUGGAUAGCCACUUUCACAGUGGUAGACACUUCUUUUGCUGAGCCAACGGGCAAUUCCAGUACUUGUUAUUCUCACCAUUUAUUCACUUCAUUAGCAUCUUUUGAAGCUGGUAGUAGCCAAGUGACCUGGCUUUGACUAAGAAAUAAUGAAAAGAUGGGUGAAUACAUCCAGGGGGAAACUUUGUUUUUCUAAGAAAAAGGACAGACUUUAGCUUAUGCCAUCAAUUUUACAUUUCUUUCUGCCUUGUACAUGAUGUCUUGGGCAAGCUUCUUUCAACUGUAAGAGAAAAGCCUAAAGAAUCAAGGAGACUCUGGUCUUGACAUUAUUGAGUUAACACAAGAAACAGCUUACCUCGAAUUUUGCUAUGUGAUAAAAAUAAACAUGUUUUGUAUAAACCAUUCUACAAUUCUAGCUUUAUCUUGCACCCAAAGCCUUCUUAAACUUAUUCAGGCAUCAAAUUUUAUA